CGGAAGCAAUAGGAUGUUAUUGUUGUGAAUAAAAUCAUGAUGGACUCUGAAUAAGGACUUUUAAUGUAUUGAUGCAAUCAAACUGUGCAUGUCCCUCUGAGCUGUCCACAUGAUGAACUUUGAGGGGCUGGACCCAGGGAUGGGCGACUUCACGCCCUCCCUACACGGCAGCAUGGAGCCCGGGAUGGAGCCUCCUUUGGACCCGCGGCUUGACCCAGCGCUGUUGCAAGGCGUGGAGCUCGACCCCGAGGGGCUUGCUGUGUCCGAAUCCGUGCACCUUCUGGAGGGUAUGUUCUCCGAGCUGCACAGCGUAGCUGCGGAGGUGGGCAUACCCGUUACCGCAGCUCACUUCGACCUGCAAGAGGAAUUGCUGUGGAUGGGGAACCACCGGGGCCAUGCGAGUUCCUUCUUUGGCACCACUAUGGGUCGCUACUCGUCGUUUCAGGUCCACUCAACAGAUGACAUUCGCCACAUUCAGAGCCUUGAGACAGGGGUGCUCUUCUUAACCAAGAACAACCUCAAGUGCCUGACGCGCGGCGGCCUAAUCAUGUUCGAUUACCCGAUGGAGGAGGGAGUGGACAUGCACAGCCUGUUGCUGACCGACAACAACACGCUGCUGAUGGGGGGACUGCAGAAUUACGUGUCCGAGAUCGAUCUUAACACCGUGCAGGAGACGCAGAAGUUUACAGUGGAGGUCCCUGGUGUGGCUAUCAUGAGACAGUCCAAUCGCUUCUUCUUUUGUGGACACACAUCUGGAAAGGUGACCCUGCGUGACCUGCGAAGCUUCAAGCUGGAGCAGGAGUUCGACGCCUUCUCCGGGAGCCUGUCGGACUUCGACGUGCACGGGAACCUGCUGGCGGCGUGCGGCUUCUCGAGCCGCGGGCUGAACGGGCUGGCGUGCGACCGCUUCCUCAUGGUGUACGACCUGCGCAUGAUGCGCGCCGUCACGCCCCUGCAGGUCCACGUCGACCCCCUCUUCCUGCGCUUCAUCCCCACCUACACCUCCCGCCUGGUCAUCAUCUCGCAGACCGGGCAGUGUCAGUUCUGCGAGCCCACGGGCCUGGCCAACCUGGCCGACAUCUUCCACGUCAACACGGUUGGCCAGCUGCUGAUGAGCUUCGACGUGUCCUCCAGCAAGCAGGCCCUGGCCUUCGGGGACUCUGGGGGGUGUGUGCACCUCUGGUCCGAUGCCCCUGAGGUCACCUUCAACGGCUACUCCAGGGAGACGGACUUCGCCCUGCCCUGCCUGGUGGACUCCCUCCCCCACCUUGACUGGAACCACGACCUGCUGCCCCUGUCCCUCAUCCCCAUGCCUCUGACCAGCACUGAGCCGCUGCUGUCUGACUGGCCCACCGCCCUGGCCACACCGAGCCCCAGACGGGCGCCCCCUGUAGACCCGGAGAUCCUGCGCACUAUGAAGACGGUGGGGUUCAUCGGGUACGCCCCCAACCCUCGCACCCGACCCCGCAACCAGGUACCUUACAAAACCAAAGAGGUGGAGCUGGAGUAUGACAGUUACAACCAGGUUCCCGAGUCUCCCAUUGGCCGAGAUGAGGAGCCCCAUCUCUACAUGGUGCCCAAGAAGUACAGGAAGGUUACCAUCAAGUACUCCAAACUGGGGCUGGAAGACUUUGACUUCAAGCAUUACAACAGAACUCUUUUUGCUGGCCUGGAGCCGCAUAUUCCAAAUGCCUACUGCAACUGCAUGAUCCAGGUGCUGUACUUCCUGGAGCCGAUUCGCUGCCUAGUGCAGAAUCACCUCUGCCAGAAGGAGUUCUGCCUGGCCUGUGAGCUCGGCUUCCUCUUCCACAUGCUGGACCUGUCCCGAGGGGACCCCUGUCAGGCCAGUAACUUCCUGCGGGCGUUCCGGACCAUCCCGGAGGCGUCGGCCCUGGGGCUGAUCCUGGCCGAUUCGGACGAGCAGACGGGGAAGGCCAGGUUGGGGCGGCUCAUUCAGAGCUGGAACCGCUUCAUCCUGACCCAGCUGCACCAGGAGACCCAGGAGCAGGAGGGCCCGCAGGCUUACAGGGGCGUCAGCAACAGCGUGCUGGGCUCGUCGGGGGAGUCGGUGAUCGGCAGGCUGUUCGGCUGCGAGGUGGAGAACAGCAGCCUGUGCCGCUGCGGCAAGGAGACGGUGCGCUCCUCCCUCACCCUGCUCUUCACCAUGCACUACCCCGAGCAGAGCUCGCUCGAUAAGUCCAUAAAGGAGUAUGACUUUGUGGAGAUCUUGAAGAAGAGCAUUUGCCUAGAGCAGAGCACGCAGGCUUGGUGUGAGAACUGUGAGAAGUACCAACCCACAGUUCAGACACGUAAUAUCCGCUGCUUGCCGGACGUGCUGGUCAUCAACUGUGAGGUGAACAGUGUGAAGGAGGCGGAGUUCUGGAAGGCCCAGGCUGAGUAUGCCUUCAGCAAAGCUCUUAAAAAGGAGGAAAUGGAGCCGCCAAAGCCUAGAGAGCCAAUACCCACUGAGUGGUGCGUGGAGGAAGAGCUGUGCAGUGCAGAGGGUCUGACCUUUGACACCCGAGUGGAGGACCUGCGGCAUGUGUGGAUCCCGCUGAGCCUGAAGAUGUCCAUCAGCAAGAGCCAGGGCCUGGAGGUCAGCAGCUGGAGUGAGAACGAGGAGCUGAGUGCCGCAGAAGAGGCAGAGGGCGCUGCAAUCUAUGACCUGGUGGCGACAGUGUCCCAUGUCCUGGAUGCUCGCACUGGGGGUAAUCUAGUGGCACAUAUCAAAGUGGGAGAGACCUACCACCAGAGGAAAGAGGGUGUGACACACCAGCAGUGGUAUCUGUUCAAUGACUUCCUGAUUGAACCUAUUGACAAGGCAGAGGCAGCUCAGUUCGAUGUGAGCUGGAAGGUGCCGGCCAUCUUAUAUUACUCCAAGAGGAACUACCACACCAAAUAUGACCUGCGCAUUAAGAACCCGAUUGAGGCCAGCGUGCUCCUGGCUGAGGCCUCCCUGGCCAGGAAGCAGAGGAAGAGCCACGCCACCUUCAUCCCCCUCAUGGUCAGCGAGAUGCCCCAGGCGGGGGAUCUGGUGGGGCUGGAUGCUGAGUUUGUCACGCUUAACCAGGAAGAGGCGGAGCUGCGGAGUGAUGGCACCAAGUCCACCAUCAAGCCCAGCCAGAUGUCGGUGGCACGAAUCACAUGUGUGCGCGGCCAAGGGCCCAACGAGGGCGUGCCGUUCAUCGACGACUACAUCUCCACGCAGGAGCAAGUGGUAGACUACCUGACACAGUACUCGGGCAUCAAGCCCGGGGACUUGGAUGCUAAGAUCUCCUCCAAGCACUUAACCACGCUCAAAUCCACCUACCUCAAGCUGCGCUUCCUCAUUGACACUGGUGUACGGUUCGUGGGUCACGGGCUGCAGAAGGACUUCCGGGUCAUCAACCUGUUGGUGCUGAAGGACCAGGUGAUUGACACGGUGUAUCUAUUUCACAUGCCCAGAAAGAGGAUGAUCUCAUUGCGUUUUCUGGCUUGGUAUUUUCUAGACCUGAAGAUUCAGAGCGAGACCCAUGACAGCAUCGAGGAUGCACGCACAGCCCUGCAGCUCUACAGGAAGUUUCUGGAGCUGAGCCGGGCGGGCGGCACCGAUGAGGUCCGCAAGGUGCUGAAGGGGCUGUAUGAGAAGGGCCGCAAGCUGGACUGGAAGGUCCCGGACUGCGAUGGUGGAGAGGGUCAAGGUAGCCCCAAAAGUGCUGCUGUGUUUCCCUCUGUCAUGGGGCUGUGAACAGGGAGAACUGCUGGAGCUGAAGGUGCCAUUCCUGCCAAAAGAAUUUGGAUUUCAGAUUUUCGGCCCCUUGUGUUUUUAUCCAGCAUUGUUUGCAGGGGGAACUUUCUCAUUUGGUAAUGUUAAUGUUACUGUCACAUGGAAUGUACCCAGUCUCAUUCCAAUUUGCCAGACAACCUUGCUUUGAAAGAAGUUAAUGUGGUUGAAACUGCUGAAUGAGGCUCUGUGAGUUUAUUAGCCUUGUGCAGAAUCUUUUAAACACUGCCCAGAAAGUACCUCUGUUGUACAUGAGGAAGGUCAAGGAAUUAGAGCAGCUCAUAAACCAGUAUUAACUAAAAUGAUUUGCCUGCAACUCACACAGCACUUAAAAGUGCUUUUAAAGGAGAAAUGUGUACUUUAUUUCACUGGGUUUGUACAGAAUAAAUUUUGUUUAUG